AUGGCCUUGUCGGAUAUCAAAGCGACAUUGUCAUCUAGGUCUCCCAAUAAUACCCAAUUACAAUUGGAAGGCGAUCUUCUAACGUCGAAGAACUCACUAAGUCCGACGAUUCCCACCCCCGAAACAUCCCCAUCAUCCGCAGAGAGGACCGCCCGUGACGCGCCGAUGAGCCUCAUACAAGAAAUCAAAGAAAAUAUGUCUUUACCAACGCAGACAUCUCCACUUCGAGUCGCCUCCCAAGAUGUUAUCGCCAAUGGGAUCGUAUCCGAAGAUGUCGCCUUCUCGAAACUAUCAAGUCGUUGGCUUUUCAUGAGCACAGACCCCAUCGACCUCCGUUCCAAGUCAUCGCUCCUCUUUGGAACGUGUAUACUCGCCGGCAUCCACAUCACCCCGGCGUUGUACGGAUCUGAAACCCACCAAAAGCUCUACAAGCAUGUCUACGACAUGUUGGCGCAGUCGCAGCUCGUUUCUGGUACUUCACUCGAUACAAUCCAGGCAUUGUUGAUUUUCUCCAUGUGGGAUCUCAGACCGACGCGGGAUCAUGAUCAUGGUAAUUCGUGGUUACUAAGUGGUCUCGCUGCUAUGAAGGUUAUGAUGAUCACCCGGUUUGAGAAUUUGUUCCAGGCGAGUGAUGGACAGGAAGUUUCGAGGUCGCGUGAGCUUCUGCGCACGUGGAAUUUGAUCUGUCUUUGUCAUCUACAGUUUUCGAUUGGCUCUGGUCGUCCACCCGUGAUCUCUAGACAGUACUUCGAGGAAUGUGCAAAAAUUCUUAACUACGAGUCGUACAACGCGCGAGAUGAGCUUGUCGUGGCUGGAGUGGAGCUAUACCGGACUUUGUGGGAAUUGAUCAGUUCAAAUGAAAUUCGCACGGAUAGCGUGGCUUGGCCGGAAAUUGAGAGGCUUCGGAGAAGGCACGAGCACAUAUACCAUCUUGAUUCGUCCGAACCCCUUCGCUUCGCGUACUCCUGUACAUAUCUCAUUCUAACGCGUCGGACCUUGAGGCAUAUCAAUGAAUCCCACGCAGUGGAGAAGGGCAGGUCACGGCCAUUGAACGGAGAGACUCAAAAGCAGGAGUUCAUACAAUUCGCAGUUGGCCACUCACACCAGGUCUUGAACCUUUUCCUGUCGAUGUCAGAUCUCACAACCUAUAUUCACCCAGCUUACGAAAAUCUCUUAUGUUCUUUCGCCAUGGUAACUCUAGCUGAGCUGGCCGACCAUGUUACCAAUAUUUUCGAGACUACCACUUUGAUGGAGCAGGCUGUCUCGCACAUACAGCGUGGUGGGAAGGCCGAGCCUGUGAGUCGAUGGUCGCUAAGUAUUAUGAAACAGCAUAUACUCGGUGGCAACGAUGAGGAAGCAGUGAUCUCUGAGGAUUCAGACCCUAUAUAUGGCAUGAAUGUUGCAGCUGGCGAUAUUUUGAGAUCAUGGGAAGAUGUUAACUGGAGCAUUGAGCAAGAGUUUCCUUCGCUGGAAGAGGUUUUCUUUGGUGGGGUAUUGUGA